AUGUCCGGAGGAAGGAGCCCCAUGGAGGAGGCCUACGAGCGCUUGAGGCAGGUGGCCCAGCAACAGCAAAAGCGAGGAGGUUUCGGAGGCGGCGGCAUGCCGGGAGGUCCUCGCGGCCUGGGAAUGGGUCUGGGUGGUAUUUUCCUUCUUGGAGGCGCCGCGAUUCUUGCCCAGAAUGCGCUGUUCAACGUCGACGGAGGACACAGAGCGAUCAAGUACCGGAGGUUAAGUGGUGUGAGCAAGGAAAUUUACAGCGAAGGAACCCACUUCAUUGUCCCUUGGUUCGAGACCCCCGUCACCUAUGAUGUCCGCGCGAAGCCGAGAAACGUCGCCUCCCUCACCGGAACGAAGGAUUUGCAGAUGGUCAACAUCACCUGCCGUGUUCUGUCCAGGCCAGAUAUCAAGGCCCUCCCUCAGAUCUACCGUACCCUGGGUACUGACUACGACGAGAGGGUUCUGCCCUCCAUCGUCAACGAAGUUCUGAAGAGUGUCGUUGCCCAGUUCAAUGCCAGCCAGCUUAUCACUCAGAGAGAGAUGGUUGCAAAGUUGGUUCGCGAGAACCUUUCCCGCAGAGCUGCGCGCUUCAAUAUUCUCCUGGACGACGUCUCAUUGACGCACCUUGCCUUCUCGCCCGAAUUCACAGCGGCCGUCGAGGCGAAGCAAGUCGCUCAGCAAGAAGCCCAGCGCGCGGCAUUCGUGGUCGACAAGGCUCGCCAGGAGAAGCAGGCAAUGGUUGUCAAGGCUCAGGGUGAGGCUCGCUCCGCUGAGCUGAUCGGAGAGGCCAUCAAGAAGAACAAGGCCUAUGUUGAAUUGAAGAAGAUCGAGAACGCCCGUGCCAUUGCCGCACAGCUGCAAGAGGCGGGCAGCAAGAACAGACUGCUGCUCGACUCGGAGGGUCUGGGUCUGAACGUAUUCGAGGGCGGCGAGAAGAAAUAA